GGCUGGGCCAUCUGAACUUGAAAGUCCAUUUGGCUCAGCUGUCUCUCCCAAGGCCCAGAUCAGGACAGUAGCCUUGGAGCUCAGACUUUGCCAACCAGCUCUGCGAUCUGGAAGGAUCUUCCAGUCAUCCUGCCUUUCCACGCUCUGGCAAUCUCUCUUCCCUUUCGAUGGGCUCUCUGGUCGCCAAGCUCCUUCUGCCAACUCUAAGUAGCCUGGCUUUCCUCCCGACCAUCAGCAUCGCUGCCAAGAGACAGUUCCACAUGGAGGCUAUGGUGUACUUCUUCACCAUGUUCUUUGUGUCGGUAAGAAACUUUCCCCUCCCCUUCCUCCUUCUCUGUUCUCCAAAGGUGUCUGUCCAUUUGUUUAAGUGAAAGGGGGUGAGGGGAAAGGCAACUUCCUAUGUUCCUAUUGAACUAAGAUUUCUUAGCUCAGUGGUAGAGCAGACACCUUUAUUUAGCCAUAUGUUUCUUGACUGUAAAAAAGAAAAGGGGAGAUGACCUCACAGCCAGUUUACAGAAAAGAUAAAACAAUACAAAAUGAUAAAAAGAAAAAAUAAUAAUGUAAAGCUUUCCAAAAGUUAAAAUAACAAACUAAAAACAGGUGAAAACUCAUACCAGCUUUCUAAAUAUCUGGGUAGAUGCUUUCAGCAGGUGCCAAACAGAGUGCAGUGAAGGUACCUGCCUGGUGUCAAUAGGCAGGGAGUUCCAAAGUGUAUGUUCCUCCACACUUAAAGACCGAAUGCAGAGCAGGUAUUAUGUGGUUGGGGUAUAAAUGCAGUAAUAAAAUUUAAUGAAAAAAUUGCACAUGAUGUGGGCCAGUUAGGAAACGUGCUCAUGAGUUUUUAGUGGGGGCCUUGAAUGUACUUAAAAAUAGAACCGAAGGCUGGGGAGGAAAAACGAGACAGACUUGCAGCUGCUCCACAUCCUCCAGCCAAGACCUUCUGCAGCUUCUCAGAAGAAAUGCAGCCAUCGCUGUCUUAGCCUUCGAAGGCCCUCCUUCUCCAUCUCCCCAACAGGAAAUUAUUCAGACCAGCAAACACAUCUGCAACCGCCCCCCCAACAAAGGCUUUUUUUUUAAAAAAAAGGUAAAGGACCCCUGGACAGUUAAAUCCAGUCAAAGGCAGCUAUGGGGUAUGGUGUUCAUCUUACUUCAGGCCAAAGGAGCCGGUGUUUGUCUGCAGACAGCUUUCCGGGUUAUGUGGCCAGCAUGACUAAACCGCUUCUGACAUGACGGGACACCGUGACAAGUGCCAGAGCGCAUGGAAAUGCCGUUUACCUUCCCACCCAGACAUGGGUUCUUGCAACAGCCGAAAACAUCUGCAUGAACUCCAUCUCUCUCCUUUGCCUUCACAAAUAACCUGCUCAUUGCAACUCAAAGAUGGGUGAAAUGCGAUGGAAUGGGGCAAAUGUUCAUGAUACAGGGUGGUGGUGCUAGAAACGGAAAUCCUUUUGAGGGAUGGUCAUAACCACAAAAAGGUGUUUGGGACUUGACAGCUGUAGCCUUUGGAGCCACACUUUGAAACUCCCUGUCUAUUGAUACCAGGCAGGCGCCCUUCACUGUACUCUUUUCGGCACCUGCUAUAAACAUUUUAUCUUUUAAUUUUUCUUUAAUUCUAUUGAUAAACAAAAAGAUAGAGCAUAAAGAAAGUUGAUGAAAGUUUUAAUCCGUUUUUGUUAUUUUAACUUUUCAAACGCCUUUAAUUUUUGUGUAUUUUCCUUACCAAUGAUUCUACCUUCUUGGUAAACCUUUUAAAGGACUUUUAAACAAUCAUGUAUUGUGUAAAUCUUACAAAAUAAGUAAACAAAUCAACAUUGGACAAAGAUUUGCUGGCAAUAAACAGCUAGUGUUUGCUGUACUACAGGUCUAUGGCACGGCCACAUUUGGGAUGCCAUGUAUAGUUCUGGUUGCCUAUCCUCAGGAAAAGUUAUUGUAGAGUUGGAAAAGGGCAACCAAAAUGAUUGAGGGGUUGAGCUACCCUCCUGUGUGGAAAGACUGCAGUAUUUCUGACUUUCACUUUAUAGAAAAGGCAAGUAAGAGGCAACACGAUAGAAUUUUAUAAAAUGAUGCAUAGCAGGGAGGAAAUGAAAAGUUUUUCUCCCCCUCUCUCAACACUAGAACUCGUAGGUGUCCAAAAGACAGACAAAAAGAAAGUUCUUCUUCAUGCAGCGUAUAAACUAUGGCACUUGCUCCUGCAGGAAGAAGUGGUGAUGGCCACCAACUUGGAUGGCUUUAAAAGGGGAUUAGACAAUUUCAUGGAGAAGGCUUUCAAUGGCUGCCAGCCACAAUGGCUGUGCUCUGCCUCCACAGUCAGAGCCAGCAAUGCCUCUAAAUACCAACUGCUGGAAACUGCAGGAGGGGAAAGGGCUCUUGGGCUCAGGUCCUGCUUCCAGGUUUCUUACAGACAUCUGGUUGGUCACUGGGAAAAUAGGAUGCUGGAAUAGGUGGCCCACUGGUGUGAUCCUGCAGGCCCUCCUUACGUUCAUACGUUCUUAAUGUUUCCCCAACAGAUUUACCACGCAUGUGACGGCCCCGGUUUAUCCAUCCUGUGCUUCAUGCAGUAUGACAUCUUGGAAUAUUUCAGUAUAUUUGGGACAGCUUUAUCAAUGUGGGUGUCCCUGAUGGGUAAGAGCAAGUCGUUCUUUGGGAUGGUUUCUCAUGCUAAGAUACUUUGAGGGAGUUGAGGCAAAUAUUUGACGUAGAGGAAAACAAGCAAUGCCUAGUCACACAUUGAUUUUUAACAAUAACAACAAAAAGAAGUUUCAGAAAUAGAAUAAUUUUGAGAAAUUCCUCUGUUGAGGGAGAAGUAUUCUAUACUUAUGCUAAUCUGUAACAGAGAUGAGCAUCCCUAUCAACUUCAGUUUCUCUCCAUUCGUGAUUUUUCUAGACAGUUUGCACAUUUCCAAACCAGUUUGCAUUUCUUUUUCACAAAACCCAGCAGCUUAUUAAUUACACAUACCUCCUAAUAUACAAUUACGGCAAACAAUUUCUCUUAAUACAGUAUAAUGCAUUUGUGUGUUAUUUUUGCUAAGACAUGGAUUUUGAUAUGUGCAUUAUAGGGGGCCGUGACUUGGCUGGAAAAUAGCAUUACAAAAUUUGGAGAAGUGCAGCUUUUCGAGAGAAGGCUGUAUUUCGGUGCAAUGCUUGUUUUGGGAUGUGUGAAUUCAUAUAAUCAUUGAAUUGUAGCAUUGGAACACCCAAGGGUCAUCUAGUCCAACCCCAUGCAAUGCAGGAAUACCAUCUAAACUAUCCAUGGCAGGUGGCCAUCCAACCUCUGCUUAUAAACUUCCAAAGAAGGAGAGUCCACCACCUUCCAAGAGAGUCCGUUCCACUGUUCUUACCAUCAGAAAGCUCUUCCUGAUGUUUAAUUAGAAUCUCCUUUCUUGUCAACAUCAUUCUUAAACUGUGCGCAUUAAAAAGUAGGGCCACGUUAAAAUGCCAACCAAAGCCAAAUUUCUCUCCUACCAACUACUCCGCAAAGCACCAUAUACCUUGAUAAUGCUAUGUAAAUAAAUUACCAGGGCCUAGAGUGAGUUUUUGAAUAUGAAAAAAGCUUUGCAAUUUAGGGUGGCCUCACUGCUAGAAUCCUCAGGGUAAGGGUGAAGAAAACCUGCUGGCAUAUCUUUCUGUGGUGCUGGCUACCAUUUUUAAUCCCCAUACUUCCAUGGGAAAUCCCCAUAAUUUCACAGGACUGGAUCUAUCUGAUGGGGGAGGGGACAUCAAGUCAGCAGACAAGCAGAACAGAUUAAAAACUGGAUGUUAUUCCUUAGCCAGAAAAACAAACAAACCUCCAUUGAAUAAUAAUAAUAAUAAAAAUGUAAUCCAAGGACACAUGGACAUGUAGUGUCUGGGACGUGAAGAAAACCUCUCCUCCAUCUUGCUUUGCAAAGAGCUGAACAUGCUCAGCUCCUUGCAGGGACAUUUCCUGGGACUGCAAAUCUGAAACAGCUACGCUACAGCUGUGUAAUCUGGAGAACUCAUGGAGCCCGCUGGGAGCCAUAAUUUUUACGAGCGAUUACCGCAUUCCCCGUGCAAUGACAGUCUCUGAUAAUUCAUAGCCUCAUUGAUGAAGUGUGAGUUAGCGGGCUGCAGGCAGGUGCAUGACACCAGAGAGGAACCUCAGCCCAGUCUGAAAACAUCCUGGGACGACUCAGAGAAUUGAAGAUAGAGGGAACAAGGGGUGAUGUUCUCCCCAAAACGUAUUUGACUCAACUUUUUCAUCAGUAUUUCCCUUUGCAACUCAAGGUCCCCAGGUACCAGCCACAUUCACACUGUACAUUUAAAGCACUAGGAUACCACCCACCCAAGAAUCCUGGGGAUCAUAGCUUAUUCAAGGUAGUUCAUUAACCCACACCCACCAGAGCAGAUUGUCAGCAGCAAACAGAUAUAGUCCAAGGCCCCAUCUGCACUGUGCAUUUGAAACAUACCACUCUAAACACUCUGAACUACUUUAAACCAUGAUGGCUUCCUCCAAAGAAUUCUGGGAGUUGUGGUUUGUUUAGGAUGCUGAGAGCUUUCUGGGAGCUGUGGUUUGUUUAGGAUGCUGAGAGCUAUAAAGAACUCUUCUCCCAUUCCACCUCACUUAGCUUCAGCUCCCAGAGUUCCCUGGGGAAGAGGGAUUGCUAAAUCACCCUGGGAACUCGGGAACUCUUGGCACCCUGAACAAACUACAGGUCCCAGGAUUCUCUGGAGGAAACCAUCAUUGUAUUGGUAUUGUAACUCUUUCAACAUAUGGUGUGAAUGUGGCCGACACCACGUUGAGUUUUCGUUAGUGUGCUGGGUAGAGCUCUGCUUGUGCUGCUUCAAAUAUGAUAUUGUGCAGAGAUGGGAAAGGUUCAGAAAAGGUCGACCCAAAUUAUCAAGGGGGUGGAGUGACUCCCCCUAUCAGGAAAGGUUACAUCUGGGGCUUUUCAGAGAAAACUCAAGUAAGUGGAGAUAUGAUAGAGAUAUUUAAACCAAUGUAUGUUGUGGAGGAAGGUGGGCAGAAUGAAGUUUCCCCUCUUUGUCUUAACACUAGAACUACAGAAGCCAAACACUGGAAUGUUCAGAUCAAAUGAAAGUCUGGAUUUUGAAGGACUGUGGUUCUUCAACCAACCCAUGUGUACAAAUAUGCAUUAUAUUAGGAAUUUUUUUUUGGGGGGGGGGAGUAUCUAUUUGCCCAAACUGCACACAAAAAUGUAUGAGACAAAAUGAACAUUAAUAUACUAAUGAAUUUCCAUGAGGACAAAAUGCUGAAGAAAUGUGGAAGAACUGCAUCCAAGAUUGGAAAAAUGAGGUGGAAAUGGAAAAAGACAUCCAUUUCAAGGGAGAUUUAAAGCUGCCCUAACAACACAGCAUUUCAAAUCACACUGUAAGUCACCUGUUGCUCAGCCCUGGCAGAGUUUGAUGAGCCUAAACGGUCAACGUUUGUGAUGUUUGGAGUGCUCACCAUCGCAGUCAGAAUCUACCAUGAUCGGUGGGGCUACGGCGUCUACUCAGGACCGAUUGGGACAGCAGUUCUCAUGAUCACUGUAAAAUGGGUAAGAUUCCCCUUCUUGGUUGCAUUAAGCAAGUAUUGCCAGCCAUAACAAGUCAAAGUGUGUGUGUGUGUGUGUGUGUGUGUGUGUGUGAUGCCCUCCUCCCCCAUUCUACCACCUGAUUAUGGGAAAGGGGGAAAUUGGUUUCCCACAGAUCCAGCCCAAGACAUUUUGCAAGCUAAAGCAAACAAGAUAACAGAAUAAUAGAAUUUAGAGUUAGGGACACAAGGGUCACCUACUCCAACGCGCUGAAAUGCAGGAAUCACAAUUAAAGAAUACAUACAUGACAGCCAGUAAUUCAACCUCUGUUUAAAUGAAGGACAGUCCACCACCUUAGUAAGCUCCUAUGGAAAGAUGCUACCCAGUUCACAAGCGUCAUCCUGGAGGGAAAUGAUGGCUAUUAAGAAAACACACCUCUGUCCCCACCCCCACCCCCAACAGAGAACCUUGGGCUCACACCUUGGUUUUUUAUUCCUUCAUUUGAGAAAUAUAUAUCAAAGGAAUUUUGAAGGGAGGGAAGAGCUUUGAAGCAUCAUGUGGGGCAGUGGGAGACUCCAUACUUCCUUGAAAGCCAGCUUUUCUUUUUGCAAAAGGCCAUGGCAAACGAAAUCUAUCAUCUGUUGCCUUCUUUCCUCCCAGCUACAAAAGAUGAAGGAGAAGAAGGGUCUCUAUCCAGACAAAAGCGUCUAUACCCAGCAGAUUGGUCCUGGCUUCUGUUUCGGGGCCCUUGCUUUGAUGCUGAGGUUCUUCUUUGAGGUAAGACUGCCCCUUGCAAAACAUAAAACUUAAGAUCUGCCCUGGUGAAUCUGAGCAGUUGUCCACCUGGGUCCAGCAUCCUGGUAAAUGGCCAGUUAAAUGCCCUCUGAGAAGCCCCCAGGAAAUGUGCAAAAGGCAACAGUGAGGGCAUUCUUCUGCUUCAUAGCCAUGGAUGGACCCUCCUUCCCCCUUCCCCCAUGGUGAAUUCAGGUAACUGCAUACUUAAUGGUCUUAUGCCCUCCUGCUCUUUUAGAUAGCCAUGCACAACUCAGAAAUUUGCCACCUAAACAGGUAGUGAUGGUCACGACCUUGAAAAGCUUUAAAAGGAGGGUGUUAGACAAAUUUGUGGAGGAUAAGAAUAUCCAUAGCUACUAGCCAUAAUCACUGUGUUCUCCCUCCACUGUCAAAGGCAAGUCGCCUUUGAAUAUUACAAGUUUCCGGGAAGUGCAAGUGGGGAGAGUUGCUGCUGCACUUGGGUACUGCUUGUGGGUUUCUCAAAGGGGUAUCUAGCUGGCCACUGUCAGAACAGGAUGCUGUACUAGAUGGGACCCCGUUGACCUGAUUCAACAGCAGGGCUGUUCCCCUGGAGGCAGUAUGCCUCUGAAUGCCAGUUGUUGAGAACUGCAGAUAGGGAGAAUGCUCUUGUGCUCAGUAGGGUUGGGUGAUAUAUCAAUAUAUUGUACAAAACCGCUUUGAAGUCCAUAUCAUGAUAUUUAUUUCAUAAUUUUUGACUUGGCAAUAUAUCGUGACUCAUUGUGUGUGUGUGUGUGUGUGUGUGUGUGUGUGUGUUAUGCAAAAAAACACAAUGUGGGAGAAACUGUGAAGCCAGCCAAUGCUUUUCUUGAUUCCUGCAACCCCUGUUAACUUCACCAGCUCAGCUCUCCCCUGUCUCAUGCAGGGGCAGCAAAUCACAAGAGCAGGUGCCAACAAAAAUCACGAUGAAGGGAAAACCAUGAAGCCAGCCAAUGCCUCUACAUAAUUCCAUCCUUAUUUCAGGCAUUGUGAUAUAUCAGUAUAUUGUGAUGUUUAGCCGGUUAUAUAUCACAAUGUUGAAAACAAGAUGUUGCCCAACCCUACUGUUCAUCUCUAUGUAGUUCCAUCCUUAUUCCAGACAUCGUGAUAUACUGUAUUGGUAUAUAGCUGGUGCUAUAUUGUGAUGUUGAAAACCAGAUAUCACCCAGCCCUUGUGCUGAGGUCCUGCUUGUUUAGAAAACCUCUUUCUGACACGAGGGAAAAGGAACUCAGUAGCAAGAAGUGUUGCAUGGAUGAAAAGAUGGCAACAAGCCUCGUCUGAAAACAAUUUCAGUCCAAUGAGUGUGUGGCAAAUAAACCAACAUUUCCAGCACAUGUGUUGUGGGGGGGGGGCAGGGGGGAUAGAAUUAUGAGGCUAAUCAGAGCCAGCUUCAUGAGUAAGCUGGUUAUAUACCCCCCGCCCCCACCCCCCGCAAAUCACCCUGUGUAGAAAGCAUGUCACUGGCAGGAGAUUAGUCAAAGCCCAAACAUAUUCCACAUCCCAGCAAAAGGGGAGGGUUGAAAUCUUAAAAUUCCUGGAUGAACCCUCCAUCACACUCCGACAGGCCUGAAGCAAUGAUACCAUUUUAGGUAAGAGGUCCUGAGAUUCUCCGCGUGGAAAAGCCAGCUUCCAAAGUUCUUGGCAUCUGACUCAUGAGAUGUCCAAGGGAGAGUUGGCUUAUCUCUCGGAACGUGGGCUUGCAGGAAUGGUCUUCAGCCCACAGCUGUGGGAGCAACACCCACCCAGUUUUUAUUGUCUUUGUCACUUCCCUCAGUGUGUCAACAUUUGGCUUCUCUCUUUUUACACACACACACACACACACACACACACACACACACAAACAUUUUACCAAAAGGCAUAGACCUCAGUCUCUGCAUGACCAAAGCCCCUGAAUCACUGAAUCUUAGUUGUAGAGCUGGAAUGGAUCCAAAGGGUCAUCUAGUGCCUGCAAUGCAUAUAUAAAAUCAUUUAAAACCUUCAGUCCAUACAAAUAUCUGUCUUCUCCACUUUCUGUUAACCAAUAUUUCUUUUAAAUCAGGGUGUCCUGUAAUCAAUUCAUUUCCUUUUUCCCCCUACAAAAAGUCCAAGAUAAGCUCCCUUUAUUAAUUCUGACCACCAUUACCCCAUAUUACAUAAUACUAAAUUCUUCCAUCCAUAUCCAUGUUAAAGCCUCUCCAUUGUGAUCUCACAUUAGAUCAAUAUUCAGAUUAUAAUGAGAAACAAAAAUGGAAUAUCGCUCAUGCCAUCCUGUUGGGUUUGUCACAGUUUUCAUAAUGAUCAAGAGAGGACAGUUUUUUAAUUAUUCUUAUUUAUUUUACUUCAUUUAUAUUCCACUUUUCCCCCCUCCAAGGAGCUCAAGGUACCAUACAUGGUUCUUCCCCUGCUUCUCAUUUAAUCUCCACAACAACCCUGUGAGGUAGGGGAGGCUAAGAGGCAGUGACUGACCCAAGGUCACCCAGUGAGCUUCAUGGCUGAGCGGGGAUUCAAACCCUGGUUUCUCAGGUCCUAAUCCAACACUCCCAACUACUACACCACUGAAUAACUAGAAACCAUUACACACAUUGAAGAAUCUCAUUUGCUUUUUCUUGUUCCAGGAGUGGGAUUACACGUACGUCCACAGCUUCUACCACUGUGCCUUGGCCAUGUCCUUUGUCCUCCUGCUCCCCAAAGUGAACAAGAAGGCCGGCAAUGGAGGCGCUCCGGCCAAACUGGACUGUUCAACCCUCUGCUGCUGUGUCUGAGAAUGUGGUGUGUGUGUGUGUGUGUGUGUGUGUGUGUGUGUGUUUGUGUGUGGCUGCUGCUGCUGCUGGAACGGAUAGAGCACCUGCACCUGCACCUGUGCACCCCACCCCCCUAGCCGCAGGGCAGGUCCAAUGCAUCGCAUGUGCAACUGGUGGCCAGCCAAGCUGAACGUGUUUCCUAGCCCAACCAGCCAGGUCUGGCGAUCCUUAACGGGAAUGGGGGAGAAAUUAAGAGUCAGUUUGCAUUGAAGGGAUGAAUCCAGUUGCCAACUGAAACACAGCCAUCCUCCAGAAUCUGCACCACUCUAAAUCUUGCACUGCAACUCUCCAGUUGAGUAAUGGGUUCAAAGAGGAAUAUCGUAGGGGGCAAAGUGUCUAUAAAAACACAUAUUUUGUGAAGAUGGCAUGAAAAUAUGCAUUAUUUUAGUGAAAUCGUUUUGCAAAAAGGUGCACAUUAAGUAAAACUGAAUGAAAACGUGUUGUAGGUCAGUUAAAAUUCAGAUCAGAAUGCUGAUGAGCUUUCAUGAGGACUUUUUAUUGGGGGGGGGGCAAAUUGAGAGACCAGAGUCCUUACUAUAAUUCCAUGAAACUAAAAAUUGAAGUAUUUCCCCCACUCACUACUGAUCCAAAGGGGCA